AUGCAGGAGAACCAUGAGACAGUGACCUCGCUGGGUGAUAGGACAGUCAGUGAGAACAAGGAGGAGAAUCAGCAGGAGGAAGGUCCUGAGCAAGAGAGGAUUUUGAGAAAAGCUGAAGAGAAUUUUUCCCAGGGCUUCGAAGAGGGAGAAACCUGGGGAGAUGGACACGGAUCAGAGAUACAGCUGGGAAACUAUCCCAGGAAGAAACUGGAUAAAUCCACUGAAUGUGGCAGAGGAUGGAAGGAUCCCAAGGAAAGCACAAUUCAGCAGACAAGUCACAAUGAAGAGAAACCCUACAAAUGCCCUGAGUGUGGGAAAAAAUUUAUUGGGAGGUCACAGCUUAUGUCACAUAAGAGAAUGCACACAGGAGAGAAGCCCUAUAAAUGCUUUGAGUGUGGGAAAAGCUUCAUCGACAGAAUAAAAUUUACUAGUCAUCAGAGAAUGCAUACAAGAGAGAGACCGUAUAAAUGCUUUGAGUGUGGGAAAAGCUUCAUACACAAGUCAAGGCUUACUGUACACCAGAGAGUACACACAGGAGAGAGACCCUAUAUAUGCUGUGAGUGUGGGAAAGGUUUUAUUCGGAGCUCAGAGCUUAUUACACAUGAGAUCACCCACACAGGAGAGAGACCCUUUAAAUGCCUUGAGUGUGGGAAAGGUUUUAGUCAGCGUGCAACACUUAUUACACAUCAGCGAACCCACACUGGAGAGAGACCCUAUGAAUGCCAUGAAUGUGGGAAAGGUUUUAGUCAGCAUGUAACACUUAUUACACAUCAGCGAACCCACACAGGAGAGAGACCCUAUGGAUGCCAGGAGUGUGGGAAAAGUUUCAGUGUGAAAUCAACCCUUAAUGCACAUCAGAAAGCCCACACAGGAGAGAGACCCCAUAAAUGCUUCGACUGUGGGAAAAGCUUCAUACACAAGUCCAGGCUUACUGUACACCAGAGAGUGCACACUGGAGAGAAACCCUUUAAAUGCCAUGAGUGUGGGAAAGGUUUUAGUCAGCGUGUAACACUUAUUAGACAUCAGCGAACCCACACAGGAGAGAGACCCUAUGGAUGCCUUGAGUGUGGGAAAAGCUUCAUUCAGAAGUCACAACUUAUUUUACACCACAGAGUGCACACAGGAGAGAAACCCUUUCAAUGCUGUAAAUGUGGGAAAAGUUUUAUUCGGAGCACAACGCUUCUCUCACAUCAGCGAACCCACACAGGGGAGAGACCCUAUGGACGCCUUGACCGCAUGAAGUCAGGAGGCCUUAUCAAUGUCCUCCUGGCCCUGGCCAAAGUGGCCAUUUACAAUACCAGGGGAAAGACACUGGACGAGGGGGUGAUCUGCGACUGCGGGGCCUAUUUCAGUUACUCCCUUGUCUCAUGCAUCCGGGCAGAGUUCCUCUGGGUAUCACCUGCUGGCUCCCUAGACAGCUUUGAGGAGCAUUGUCCCCUGAACACAGCUGGGUCCCGGGGUCCAGUGGUUCCUCCCACAAGGCUGGGGGAGGCACCCGCCCGCCUCCUGGAAUUACCAAUAAGAGCAGCCCGAGCCAUCCGAGCCGCCUGCCCAGGCUGUCCAGAGGAGGAACACAGAUUCCCCAUUCCCAAAGCUGACCUGAUCGCCCAUCUAGAACGAGGGGAAGAGCCGUGGGUCCCAGAUCUUGAGGCCUCUGAGGAAAGUGUGAGCCUGAGAGGCACCUGCACAGCAGGUGAUAGGACAGUGAGUGAGAACAGGGAGGAGAAUCAGCAGGAGGAAGGUCCUGAGCAAGAAAGGUUUUUGAGAAAAGCUGAAGAGAAUUUUUCCCAGGGCUUGAAAGAGGGAGAAGCCUGGGGAGAUGGACACGGAUUAGAGAUGCAGCUGGGAAACUAUCCCAGGAAGAAACUGUAUAAAUCCACUGAAUGUGGUAGAGGAUGGAAGGAUCCCAAGGAAAGCACAAUUCAGCAGACAAGUCACAAUGAAGAGAAACCCUACAAAUGCCUUGAAUGUGGGAAAAGAUUUAAUGGGAGGUCACAGCUUAUGUCACAUAAGAGAAUGCACACAGGAGAGAAGCCCUAUAAAUGCUUUGAGUGUGGGAAAAGCUUCAUACACAAGUCAAGGCUUACUGUACACCAGAGAGUACACACAGGAGAGAGACCCUAUAUAUGCUGUGAGUGUGGGAAAGGUUUUAUUCGGAGCUCAGAGCUUAUUACACAUGAGAUCACCCACACAGGUGAGAGACCCUUUAAAUGCCUUGAGUGUGGGAAAGGUUUUAGUCAGCGUGCAACACUUACUGCACAUGAGACAACUCACACUGGAGAGAGACCGUAUGAAUGCCAUGAAUGUGGGAAAAGUUUUAGUCAGCGUGUAACGCUUAUUACACAUCAGCGAACCCACACAGGAGAGAGACCCUAUAAAUGCCAGGAGUGUGGGAAAAGUUUCAGUGUGAAAUCAACUCUUAAUGCACAUCAGAAAACCCACACGGGAGAGAGACCCCAUACAUGCUUUGACUGUGGGAAAAGCUUCAUUCAGAAGUCAAAGCUUAGUGAACACCAGAGAGUACACACUGGAGAGAGACCAUAUAAAUGCCUUGAGUGUGGGAAAACUUUCAUUAAGCGCUCAGACCUUAUUAAGCAUCAGAGUAUCCACACACCAAGCGACAACUCCUAUAAAUGCCUCGACUGUGGGAAAAGUUUCCCUGACAGAAGAAAACUUACUGGACAUCAGAGAAUCCAUACAGGAGAGAGGCCCCAUAAAUGCUUCGACUGUGGGAAAAGCUUCAUACACAAGUCCAGGCUUAUUGUGCACCAGAGAGUGCACACGGGAGAGAAACCCUUUAAAUGCCAUGAAUGUGGGAAAGGUUUUAGUCAACGUGUAGCACUUAUUACACAUCAGCGAACCCACACAGGAGAGAGACCCUAUGGAUGCCUUGAGUGUGGGAUAAGUUUUAUCUCAAGUUCAGCCCUUGCUCACCAUAGCAAAAUCCACAUGGGAGAAAGACCUUAUAAAUGCCAUGAGUGUGGGAAAGGUUUUAGUCAGCGUGUAACACUUAUUAGACAUCAGCGAACCCACACAGGAGAGAUACCCUAUGGAUGCCUUGAGUGUGGGAAAAGCUUCAUUGAGAAGUCACAACUUAUUCUACACCAGAGAGUGCACACAGGAGAGAAACCCUUUCAAUGCUGUAAAUGUGGGAAAAGUUUUAUUCGGAGCACAACGCUUAUCUCACAUCAAAGAACCCACACGGGGGAGAGACCUUAUAAAUGCCUUGAAUGUGGCAAAAGUUUUAGUCAGAGCUCAAAUCUUAUUGCACAUAAGAGAACCCACACAAGAGACAGACCCUAUAAAUGCUUGUACUGUGGGAAAAGCUUCCGUAAGAGCUCAGCGCUGACGAAACAUCAGAGAACGCACAAGAAUGAGACCCCCUAGGAAUAGCUUGACUGCAGGAAAAGAUUCAAGUUGACUUUUGUCAUAAACAGAUAGUUAAGGGUUAAU